AUGGGACCUCACCAACAAUGUGCGCAGGCGCGAGAGACUGAGCUGACGUCCGGGUUCGAGACCAAGAGGGACACGGAGCUGACCUCUGGGUUCGAGACCAAGAGGGACGCGGAGCUGACCUCCGGGUUCGAGACAAAGAGGGACACGGAGCUGACGUCUGGAUUCGAGACAAAGAGGGACGCGGAGCUGACCUCCGGGUUCGAGACAAAGAGGGACGCGGAGCUGACCUCCGGGUUCGAGACAAAGAGGGACGCAGAGCUGACUUCCGGGUUCGAGACAAAGAGGGACGCAGAGCUGACUUCCGGGUUCGAGACAAAGAGGGACGCAGAGCUGACUUCCGGGUUCGAGACAAAGAGGGACGCGGAGCUGACCUCCGGGUUCGAGACAAAGAGGGACGCAGAGCUGACUUCCGGGUUCGAGACAAAGAGGGAUGCAGAGCUGACUUCCGGGUUCGAGACAAAGAGGGACGCGGAGCUGACCUCUGGAUUCGAGACAAAGAGAGACGCGGAGCUGACGUCCGGGUUCGAGACGAAGAGGGACGCAGAGCUGACCUCUGGGUUCGAGACCAAGAGGGACCCGGAGCAGACCUCGGUGUUUUAA